AAUUGACUUAUAAACUGAAAAGUAAAAUGUGCCAGGACGUGACGAAAAUGGACAUCACUUUUUUAACACUGCAGUCAAUUCCAAAACUCUGCUCUCCUGAUAGAAUGUUUGCUUAUUGAAAUACACUUUUUAACACAUUAUCCAGUCUAUUUCUAAAUGCCAUAUAGCAAUUUACUAAACAAAUUAUUCUUUAUGAUGUAUUAUUUACUUUUUAAAUUACAGUAUGAGCCAGGACGUGACUUUACGAGAAGAAAGCAAUAACUAACGAUUCCUGCAGAAAAUGAUCCUAAUUAUAAAACUCAAACUGCCCAAGUUCCGUGUAUAGUCCAGAAAUUUCCUUUGAAAUAUGCAAACCCCAACCAAGACCUCCACUUGGUGUCGUACAUUGGGUUGUUACAAUUACGGCAACCCCCAAAAUAGAAAUCUUUGUAACAGUUGCUAUCAGAAACUGUCAGAACGAUGCCCCAUCAGAAACUGCUCAAAUUUUGGAAACAAAAAUACUCAUGGACUCUGCAAUGAAUGUUCCAAACGUUUCAGAUUUUGUACAAAGUGUAAACGCUUCGGAAGACCACUCCCAGGAGAUGACACUGAUGCUCCUGUCUGUCUGUGUGAUCAAAAUUUGCUCAAUCCAAAUGAAGUCCGUAAUGACCCUGUCAACGGAAACUGGAAACCAUGCAAAAAUUCAUCCUGUGAUAAUGUGAGUAGAGACGAGGAACAGUUUGGUCUUUGUAUGCAGUGUAGUGAUCGGUUUGGAUUCUGUAAGACGUGUUAUGGAUUUUUCUCUGCAGUCCCAGACUUUUUAAUCAAUGGUCAUGUCUGCAUUUGUGAACCGAAAACUAACACAAACAAACCCACAGAUGGGGACAAAGGUCACAUAUCACUCGCAGGGAAUACAGUAAUCGUGUGUAAGAAUAGAGAAUGUACUAAUUACGGUAGUAAUAAAAAUGCUGGUCUGUGUUAUGAGUGUGCCGGUCUUUUUAAAUUUUGCCGUACAUGUCAAGGAUUUCGUGUGGCAGUCCCAAGUAGUGUUUUUAAUGAACGUUGGUGCUCUUGUGUAUCGGCAACAAGAGAUUCUACUGCAGAGAUCACAACACAAGGAUCUGGAACGAAUUUGAAUAACACUGAGGCGCAUGUUCCUGCUCAUGUGAAGAGUCCAGAAACAUUAAGACCGAUCCCGCCAGUAGAAACUAGUAAUAGUUUGAAAUAUGGAAUGUCAGAAUUAGGCUAUUCUUCAGACAUUACACAGAGAAAUCUGUCUUGUCGGGGUAACAGUGUGACUCAAAGGCCUGUUUCUGGUGAAGUCAUAUACAGAGAAUGUUCAGAGUCUGAUUGCCACAAAACGGGUUUAGAAUCAUUGGGAGGAAGGUGUGCCACAUGUUAUACACUUUUUAAAUGUGUUGAGCGAAAUGAAUUAAAGAAGUCGACCCAGGUGGCACAUAAAGAGAUCUUGUGUUCUGUUCCUGAAUGCAAUCGACCUGUGUCUGCUGAUCUGGAUGGGAGGUGCUUGUACUGCCAUGAGGCAGGCAGAAAUGGUCCUCAAAGUCAGACCUCAAACUCGGGUUUACCACACUCAUUUAUUGAGUCUGCUCUUGGCCAGCAGUGUGCGACAGUGCCAAGUAAAUGUACCACACCAUCAUGUGAUAGACAAGUCUUCAGAAAUUGCAAAUGUUUUAGCUGUUAUAAAGAGCUUGGAAAACCGUGCAUUGUUGAAGGAUGUCUGUACUUUGGUAGCCCUGACUAUCACGGCAAGUGCAGCACAUGCUACAACACAAAUGAUGUUACAUCCACUUUCUCCAUGCCGUGUUUUCCAUCAGCAUCAGCAAACAUUACUAAUGACACCCCUGUCACUAAAAAGGAAUGUUCCACUCCCAGUUGUGGUUUCUAUGGUCAUCCGCAGCAAUUGGACCUUUGUAGUGAAUGUUUUCAGAAGCAUUUAUCAGCAGAUGUUAAUCCAUCCAGGCCUUCUGAAUUGUCCAUCUCAAGAGAACAUCAGAGUUCCAUACCAGUACUAAGCAUACCUUAUGAUUCAGAUUUUACUUCUGCAUGUGCAAGACUAGGACGUUUGACCAUUGUGUCCAGUCCUUGUCAAAGUGAAUGUGGCAACAGUUGCACAACUGACACUUUCCCUUACUGCAUGGAAUGUUUUAAUACAAUUUUUAAAUCGAUCAAGCUCAGCAUUGAUGUCUGCAAAGCCAUUAAAGCAGGAAGUAGCUACCACAAAUGUAAAUGUAUCGAGUCAAUCAGGUCAGGCAAUUACUAGAAUUAGUAUUCCUCCUGAACCUGCAGUUUUGUCAGCAUUUAGGAACAUGGAUGAGAGUGCAUCAAUGAGUAGCAUUUCUUCAGAUCAGUUGUUUUCUUCAUUAAAUGGUGCUGAUGAAAUGAAUAGCAAGCUGCCUUCAGAUACAGUUCCU